AUGUAUCCGAGUGAACGAGAACCCGCUGGUUCCGACACCGACAAAACCAAUGCUGGUACAACAACCGGGAACCCGAAAGCAGUGAGUUGGCAAUGUUUCGACGAGAAUGAAAACCCAUUUGGGGAGCUAAGCCCGAUUUUUCGAUAUUAUACUUGGUCUAUAAAGAGAAAAAAAACGAAAUUCGCCUUUUUGCUGUUUUUUCGAUUCACUUAUGUCUCAAAGACAAGCGGAUCAAAAUUAAAUUGAAAAGAAAAGCAUGCAUUACGCUAAUCUUUCCAGUCUGCGGACCAAACCCAGGUGAACAAACCCUCCGUUUUUGUGGCUCCGCCACUGGAAAAUCAGAAUCCAGUAAAAGAAUCGGAAAAGAAGGACGAUGCCAGCCAAAAGGAGGGACCACCGAAAGUAGAUUCCAAGCAGAAGGAGAGUCCAGUAACAGACACCCCGUUGGAAACGAACAAAGAAAUGAUGAAAGAUCCAAAAGGAGAGAAGGAGAACAAAAAGGACAAGAAAACUGAGGAGGAGGAACAAAAGAAGGAAAAGGAUAAGGUAAGAGCCACGGUUGAGAACGAAUUUCCCUCGCACGUCAAUCCAGCCCAUUUCCUGAACCGUUUCGAAACUUCGUAUCGUUUUCAUUGAUUUAAAAGAGAGACGAAAUGUCGCGAAAUUAUCGGCACUUUUUCUCGCCCGAAACAACUGCUUUUUUUUGAAAAGGAAGAAGAAAGAUAAGAAAAUGCGUUUUAUCGGAUAGUGACAUUUCGUUUUGAACGAAUCGCCAAAAAGGGGCGGGAAAUUUUUUCUUCUGUUUUGGGUUGACGUGCCUCGGACCUUUUCGGAAAUUUCGUGGGCCCACGCAGGAUCAAAAGAUUGAGUACGGAAAGGUCCGCUGUGCGGAAAGGUCCGCUGUCCGGAAAGGUCCGCUGCGGAAAGGUCCGCUAAAAAAAGGAAAAGAAGAGGGUGGGAAAAAAGGAUUUUUUUGUGAAAUUUGAAUAAAAUUUGAAAUGUUUUCGCUUCGGGACUUGGAAAAAGGAUUUUUUGUGAAAUUUGAAUAAAAUUUGAAAUGUUUUCGCUUCGAGACUUGGAAAAAAGGAUUUUUUGUGAAAUUUGAAUAAAAUUAGAAAUUUUUUCGAGCUGACUGAGUAUGAACGAAUAUGAAAACUGGGUUUCUGUUACUUUACUACCUUUAGGGAUUCUUUUUGAAAUUUUUUCGACUUAUAACACUUUUAGACGUUAAUGGUGUUGUUUUGGUGCCUAGUACUGCUUAAAAAACACAUUUUUACCACUUGGUACUAAAUAGUACUACCUGGUACUAUUUAGUACGAGGUGCAAAUUUGGCCGUAAGGCGGUAAUGGCGUUGGUUUGGUGCUUAGUAGAACCCAAAAACACGUUUUAACACUUGGUACUAUAUAGUACCAACUGGUACUGUUUAGUGAGGAGUGAAAAUUUGGCCGUAAGGCAGUAAUGAUGAUGGUUUGGUGCUUAGUAGAGCCCAAAAACACGUGGUACUAUAUAGUACCAGGUGGUACCAUUGGUUUUAGACAAAAUUUUAGUGCUGGCGGCACCACAGUUAAUAUUCAUGUCAGACACCCUUUUUUCUACUCCCGAUGCGAAAAGAUUUCAAAAUUUUGUUGAAUUUUCCAAAAAAUUCUUUUUUUUCCCAGUCUCGAAGCGAAAACAUUUAAAAUUUUUUUCAAAAUUCACAAAAAAUCCUUUUUUUCAAGUCUCGAAGCGAAACCAUUUUAAAUUUUUUUCAAAUUUCACAAAAAAUCCUUUUUUUCAAGUCUCGAAGCGAAAACAUUUUAAAAAUUUAUUUUUUCGAGACUAGUCACACCUAAAAAUCAAAUCACCAAGUACAAUAUAACUUACGUCUAAAUCCAUUAUUCAAAAAUUUUUUUAAAAAUUACUAGUUAACACUACUGCCUAAGCAAAAUUGUAAAAUUCAGAAAAAAUGGAUACGAUAUUCGAAAUCGGCGCCUUCGAAAACCUCCCCCUCCCCUCCCUCCUCUUUUCUUUUUUUAGCGGACCUUUCCGCACAGCGGACCUUUCCGCGCAGCGGACCAUUCCGCACAGCGGACCUUUCCGUCCUUCGUGGGAUCAAAAAUGUGCUGAAAAUGGUAGGGCGCAGCUCGGAAAACUGGCACGGGCGAAGCUCGCAUCUGUGGGGGCAGCUCGGAAAAUAAGUUUUUGCAGCUCGCUGGAGCCAAGUUUCAGCUUGUUUUCGAGCUGUCCAAGACGCGAGCUGCGCCCGUGCAAGUUCUCCGAGCUGCGCCCUAUGAUUUUCGGCUAGCGCAUUGGGCCCAUAAUCCAGAAAUUCUUUGGUUUCGAUACGUUUCGAAAUGUUGCAUAGCAAUUUAGAAUUUUUAUGGCGCGUUUUACAUCCUAUGUUGCGUUGUUUGAUCCGAAUAUUCUAUUUAUAUCAACUUCGACAUGGAUAAUAUAAAAAUACUCUAAAUUCAGGAAGAAAAGCCCAAGGAAGAGAAGAAAGAAGAGAAAGAAAAGAAGGAGGAUGCUGGUGGGAAGAAGGACAAGCUCUCGGUUAGUGUCUCCGGAACCGGAAAGAAGAAACCAAAGAAGAAGAAGGAAACGGACAGUAAAGAAGCGCUGGAGAGGGAGGCCAAGCACAAGAAGAGGCUGAAUCACAUCCCACCGAAGCCUGAACAAAUCUACGCUGAGUUGCCGAAGAAACGGACUUUCUGGGGAUGGUGUGAGUUGAUUUUUGAUUAGUUUUUGAAGUGAUAUAGGUGGGAAAUGGUUCCGAAAAUCAAUGUUAAUUUUGAUUAGGCAUGGCUCCGGGCCGGGCUUUCCAAAAUUUUCCGGCCCGGGCCGGGCCGACUAAUUUCUCGGCCCGACCCCGGGCUUCGAUUUUCAGGCCCGGCCCGGCCCGGGCCGGCCCGGUUUUUUUGAAAUCUGAGUUUUGCCCGGAAAAAAGGGAAAAAAAGAAACUUUUUCGAUAGAAUUUUUCAUUUUUUCGAACACAAUGCUGAUAGCGAAAGUAAAGUGACCUUAUUUACCACUCGCCCAAAUAAAAAAAUAAUUUUCCAGUCAAUUUGAAAAAAUUUUCGGAAGUUCUAAAGUGCGACCUCAUAGUUAAUACGCUGGCAAAAAGAGAAAAAGGAAAAUUUUUCAAAAAUACGCAAUACGCUUGUAGGUUUUUUCAAAUCCGAUAAAAGAUCUGUGAUAAAAUAUUUUUGCUAAAAUUUCGGUGACUAUACAUAAAAUUUUACGAUUUUUUGUAACCAUAUGGUAAGACAAUUUAUGGUGCCUUAGUAAUUUAUAAAAAUAGUCGAGCGGCAAUUGCACUAUGUAUAGGUUUUGGUAAAUUAUUCUUUACAUUUUGCGAAGAUGUGCCGUAAUUUUCCCUUCAUUUGCUGCUUUGUUCCUUUCCAGCCUAGUACAAAAUUUUUCCGGGCCGAACCGGGCCGGGCUUUCCAAAUUUUCCAAGCCCGGGCCCAGGGCCGGGCUUGGAGAUUUAGGCCCGGCCCGCAGGCCCGGGCCGGGCCGGGCCGGGCUGGCCCGGUUUGCAGCCAUGCUUAAUUUUGAUUGCUAAAUCUCUAUUCUUUUAGUUGUCGCGCCGGUGUACAUUUUGACGAUUUGGGGCAUGCUGGCAGCCAUGAUGGCCCCGAUUAUGUUCUUUAUCCCCGAAAUUUAUAAAGGAGGCCCGGAAAACGUUGGAGAUGGCUCAUUUUUGGGCAGGGUUCCAAGUAAGUUUACUGUUUUGUUUUGGUGUUUAGGUAACUCGUUAUAAAAUUUUGAAUCUGUUUGACAAAGUUGCCAAAGAUUACGAGCUCAUUUCAGAGCUGAUCUUCGAACCGAAUGUGGCCCGAUUGGGGAUUGCAAAGUCGGACAAUCAUGAGGUAGAGGAGCGAAAACGUCAUCCAUCUGAGAUCCACUACAUUAAUAGACUCCCUCGGACUUAUGAACCGUAUCUAACGAGAUUGAGGUUCUUGUUGACUGAUGGUAAGUAAUGGAUAAUAUAAUUUUUUGUUAGAAAUUUGUGUUUUGCUAUUCUAACUGGAGAAAAAUUUCAGAAUAUGGACCAGAACGUUUUACGCAAUGCUUUGGAGACACUGAACAUCAACGAGCGGGUUGCCUCGUGGACUUGAGCAACGAGAAUUAUGAGCUGGGAUAUGGCGCGUGCGCUGUUGCGCAAGGCCAAACUGUCCAAUCAUUUUCGUUUGGGUUCGAAGAUCAGCAACCUUGCAUCAUUGUGCGACAAAAUAAGGUUUGAGUUUCUUUUAAUUAUGUUGUUUUUUUUGCUUCUAGAUGCUCCAUUACAUGCCAAAGUUGGUUGACAUCCGAAAUAUGACAAAAGAUCUGCGGAUUUUGGGUGAAGUUCAGACCUUGUGCAACAGAGAGCAUUAUAACGAAAGUUUGGAGGGAGAUUGUUGUUUCUUCAAGAGAUCUCUUCUCAAAUGCGAGACUGAUAAUGGUGUGGUCCAGAUCUUCCCGUCAAUGGGAGUGCCGGCAUGCCAUUUUCCAUACAAGUCCAGCGCCAACGAUGAUGAUGUGAAUAGUUAUCAACAGCCAAUUCACUUUGUUAGGGUAAGUAUUAGAUGAAUUUUUUGUUUGGUUUUUUAGGAAUGGAUGGGAGUGUCGUUGGAAGGCUUAAAAAUUAUAUUGUGAUGGUCCCUAUUUUAGGUGUCUCCAGCCAACGAAGGAGACAAGGCUACCGUAACUUGUUACGUAGACGAAGAUUUGAAGGACGAUGCCAAUCAUUUUGUCCGGUUCAGCGUUCAGAUCUUCCCCACCCCCAAAAAAUCGUCGUUCAGACUUCCUAUCUCCAUCUUCACCUUGAUUGUCCCAUUUUUGAUCAAAUUGUUGUGA